AUGGGUCGACGGGAUCACGACGAUGAGCGGCCAAAGGUGCUCGAGUCGCUGAAGCGCCGCACCAGCUCGGGCACCAGCACUGGCAGCCGGACCAGCCCUAGCGCAUUCCACCGCCGAGUCAGCAAUCAGAGCCAGAGCACACGCAGCACCAGCACCACCAGACGAGACAGCCUCGCCGGGUCCGAGACGCCGCCGCCGCUGAUGCGGUCCAGUCCCAGCGUCGGGUCCUCCAGCUAUGCGUUUUCGGGGAGCAGCGUCCUGAGCCCCCUGCGUAGAGAGCUGGACGCCUCUCACAGCCGCGAUGGCGGCGACGUGCGGGCCGGCAAGCUGGAGCUGGCGAGACGCCUCAGCAAGCUGGCAUCGCGCCUGACGUACGGCGACAGCAUGGAGGAGCUCAUGGCCCUCGGCAGCCAGGUCAACCAGAUCGAGCAGGCCCUGGGCGGCGGCAUCAACACCGGCAGCAUCUAUGGGAGCCCGCCGCUGUCGCGAAGGCCUCGCCCGCUCAACAUCGAGACGCCUGUCCGCAAGAACAGAGGCAGCGACCUGGGCGGCAGCGACAUUUUCAGCUCACCGUCAUCUCUGUUCCGCAGUCGCUUUCCCGACCAAAUGUCGCCCACACCCUCGUCAUCCAUGAUGUAUCAUGAUCGCCAUGACGAGUUUGAGGAAGAGGAGGCCCCGCUACCGAAGAGCGGAAUGAACGCGGCGCAGUCCAACAAAAUUAUUGGCGAGUUGGUGAAACUGAAUGAAGAGCUCGACACUGUGGUGAACAAUCUCACAGCCCGCCAAGAAGAGUCCGAUCACAUUCAUAGGUUGUUGGUUGAACGGGCUGAGCGUGCUGCCCAACGCAUCAUUUUCCUCCAGAACCGCAUUACUUAUUUGGAAGAAGAACUGCAGGAAAACGAUAAUGAAUUAACAAAUCUCCGCGUCUGCCUCAAGGCUGUCGAGAUUCAGUUACCAGAACAUCCAGACAAGGAAUUGCAGCGAUCCUUUUCCGUCUUCAAGGAAGGCUAUAGAGCCUAUAAGAGGAAGCGCGCCCUUCGUUCCAAGAUGGUUAGCAACCUGGGUUACGAUUCGUCAAUUGCCUCUUCUUCAUCAGCGAGGUGA